GGCGUCGUUGCCUGUAGGAGGCGAUGAACACAAUGGGACCAAGGAGCUGCUGUUCCUCCGUCCCCGUCCCGACUGUCAAAUGCCUCCUUCUUCCGAAGGACAAGGCACAGGCCACUUUCGGCGAUCGAGCUCGUGAGUGCAGAGGCACUUACGCAUGCACGAGAAAGACUGACUGAACGACCGACCGGCCUCAUUUCGUCGUCACCGGCACUAUUAUCAUGGCGAUUCUCGUCACCUGCAGCACUCUGCCACUUUGCCCAGCACAGAGAGUUUCGCAUUCGAUCUCGACCCGCGGGCUGGGACGUUUGGCUGUGCAAUCUCCUGCUGCUUGCGGGCUCGAGAAGCGACGAUGGCGUCUGCAAGACGGCGUUAGAGCUCAAACGGUCGCGAAUGAAGUGAUUUCCAGGAGCGGCCAUUACACUGCGAAAGAUAGGGUUGAUAUCCUGGCGGAAGCACUCCCGUUUAUUCAAAGAUUUCAAAACAAAAUCGUGGUGGUGAAAUAUGGCGGAGCUGCGAUGAAGGAUCCUUCUUUGAAAGAUGGAGUGAUUAAGGAUCUCGUGCUGCUGUCCUGCGUCGGUCUUCGGCCAGUGUUGGUUCACGGUGGUGGCCCGGAGAUCAAUAGCUGGCUCACCAAGCUCGGCAUCGAACCCAAAUUCAAAAAUGGGGUCAGAGUUACCGAUGCCGCCACGAUGGAGGUUGUGGAGAUGGUGCUCGUAGGCAAGGUCAACAAGUCUCUCGUCUCGCUGAUCAAUCGUGCAGGUGGAACUGCCGUCGGGCUUUGUGGAAAGGACGGAAAGCUCUUGACCGCGAGGCAAUAUGGAGGUGACCUAGGGUUUGUGGGGGAAAUUACGAAUGUUAACAUUGGGGUCGUCCAGGCCCUCGUCGAUGGCGGCGUAAUUCCCGUGAUCGCAACGGUAGCAGCAGAUGUGAACGGGGAAGCAUAUAAUAUCAAUGCUGAUACGGCUGCGGGAGAAAUCGCAGCUUCGUUAGGAGCAGAAAAGUUGAUUUUAAUGACUGAUGUCCCUGGGCUUAUGAGGGAUCCCAAGGACAUCGAAACCUUGAUUAAGGAGGCUUCCAUCAAGCAGGUGCGGGGAUUGGUGGAGGAAGGUAUAAUUUCAGGGGGCAUGAUCCCUAAAGUGGAGUGUUGUGUGCGAUCUCUCGCCCAGGGCGUGCAUGCAACCCACAUUAUCGAUGGAAGAGAACCGCAUUCAUUGCUGUUGGAAAUUUUGACAGAUGAAGGAGCCGGUACAAUGAUUACAGGAUGAAUUUGAGUCAUCACGGUUUAAUUUAAUCCAGUGGGCAGUGGAUGAAAAUAUCGUCCACUGCUGUAGUUUCGAGAUCACUGAUCCCUGUAAGGUUUUAGCAUCUGGCUGGCAGCCCCCCCAAGUAUGAAGUACUUGUGUGCAGUUGCGAAGCUCUGGCACUGGUUCUCAGUUUUUUCACUCAGUUCGGAAGUGAACGAUCUAUGUGCUAUGUCCGAGUGGUUCGGAGCUUUAGAACUUUGUAUAGAGAGGAUUGCAUGUACGAUAAUUUUCUUCAUAACGGCUUACGCGUUCAAGAUUCUAUGAAUUCCAUGGAAAUUCGUUGGAUGCCCUGUUUCGUUCUGACAGGUGAUCAGUGUAAAGACCUCGACAUUUGCUUCACGAGUCUAGAAAGUAUGAUUACAGGUCACACCCGAAGUGUUUUAGAGUCUGAGUAGAGUAUUGACGAGAUUCAGCUGUGAAGUAUUUCUGUAGUGAGUGACUUCCACCUGGUUCUUGGAGUUCCAAUGGCGUUCAGAGUUUCUACGAAGGUUUGUUUGAUCAUCACAGUUCACUACGUCGCUUCUGUAUUGCUGCUAUACCAUUAUGUUGCAAAGAUUCCAUGUACAUUCCUCGCUCCUGUCUCAGUACAUUAGAAAUUACGUUGGUUGAAUGUAGCCACUUAGCGCCGCCACCUCACGGCUGCUGUAGUUGUCUUGGUCGUCGGGUUGAGUUUGGCACUUUUGGAGUUAUGGUGUAAUUAGUUUUUCUGGCCAGUGUUGAACUUCCUCAACUGGUUUUUUUGACAGAAGAGCUUGUAGGAUGAAGAAAACACUUAUUGUAGUUUCGUAUCAAAUUAACAAUUCCGAAGAGGUGGCGUGAUGUUUUUUCCGUUUGGCCGUGACGCACUUCUUCAAAAGGUUUAGUUUCGCAUCAAACUAACCGUUUUGGUGCCGUGACGCUUUUCCUUCUCAUGUUUGAAACCAUGAAAUCACAUACACAUUCUCGAGGCAUAUUUCGUCCUCGAGGCAUCUGAGGCAUUUUAUGCUGUGAUCCUUCCAUCGGGGCCGCUGUUAGGGACUCUGAGGGUGGGUUCAAGACAAGUAUUGUGGACGAAGUACACGUGGUAGUAAGAAAGGGAAGCAAAUGGGAAGGCCUGCACAUAUGUACAUACAAUGAUUCUUCUCAUCGUAUUAUGAAUCUAUCGACUUAAUCAGUACUCCGGAAAUCUACUCAUUGUGCUUUUCAACAGGCUCCAAAAACCCCGGAAAGUCUGAACACCCGAG